UUAUUCGCACCUGUACAAAAAUGCGCUGUAGUCAAGCGCAAGCGAUCCACACGUCUCCGUUUCUCCGUCUUGGCAUUGACAGGCGACCGGGAGAAGGCGAUGUAAAUGCCAACUCCAGACCGGCGUAAAGGACGAAUAACAGUUAACACAAACUGAUCAUUUCUAGCCGCCUUAUUAUACCAGGAUCGAAGUCAGUUGCUAACGCCAGGCAGGACUGUAGCCUGUACUUGGAAUAAUUGCUAUUUGUACCGAGUCCGUAUUGCUGCAGCCCUGCACAUUACCUCCACAGCGUUAGAAACAACACCAGAAACUGACAGAAGAAUUCAUCCUCCAUUCUGGAAGAAGACAAAGCGGCUCGGUACCGUGUUGCAGCAGUUCAAGUAAAAGUUAGUUGUAGCAUUUUCUUUUGGAUGUAAGUCGGCCCCUUAGAAUCCACAAGCCAGGCCCUGCCAAAGCUGCGACUUACUUCAAUACUUGUGACGUCUCGACGGUUUGUCUGGAACGGGGAGCGACUUGCGUCUACACGUGACUCCUGUACUCCGGACGUGGAUAUCGUGUAUUCUUUUGCAGCUCCAACCAGCUUUGGCUAGCCACGCAUCCCAGACGACCCCUCGCAGUUGUUCAGCGACUCACCCAGUCGGUGAGAGAGCGGAGUUUGCUUUGUCAGACUAGGAAUGCCCAGUGUCCCGGACUUAGUGUAAUAAUUAUUUCGAUCCACGUGAGUGAAUGAGACGUGGUGCGUCCUUGAAGGCGAGGAAAUUUCAUUUCUGUACGCACCAGACUGCUGGACACGUCUCCUACCAUCGCUACCUGGCUACCGACCCAGGACAAUUGGAAGGGUGGUAGGACAACACGUUUCCCUCCACUAGCAGUGGUAGACCAACAAACGAGCCUCGCAACUGAGUAUCACCAAGUCAAAUUUCCGGUAAACUAUCGAAUCCCAAUGGCGUUCAAAGGCCAAUGGGCCAAAGUACAGGGCUCCGACAUUAGUCGCCAGUUGGCCGAAGUGUAUGGCGACUUCUUUCCGCUUGAAGCUCGUCACUAUUUCUGCGACUGGCUUGAAGAUCAAACUUGGGAUCGAGUGAAUCUGGAGGAGGAUAUACCACAAGCACAGAUAUUGUUUUCAGCUUUCUUGGAUCUCAUCACGGUGCGCGUGAGCCAGUGUAACGAGAACAAUGAAUUCGUGAUGCGGCUGCAGUUUGAAAAGCUCCACUCCCAACUGAUGAUGCGCUACGGUGAGCGACCACUGGAGUUUGUUCGCACCGUGCAUCACUGUCUCAACCGGGAGCAGGCGAUGCUGAGUGCGCACGAAAAUUGCAUUCCCCCAGCUGCCAUGAACGGCCGACAUAGCAUUAUACAACAAACUCUGACUCAGGGUCACAGUCUGGUCGAGCAACUAACAUGUGAUGUACGGACACUCCAGGCCAAGCAGGAGGCCAUCAUUACACUGGGACAGGAGCUGGCCAGAAUUCGAGAGUCAAUGCAAAAUAUGACACAAGCGCUGGGAACCGGAUGCCAGACUGUGCCGGCACAGGCAGAACUGACAGCAGUCCGGCAACUGGAGACAUCUACAUCGGCUGAGCUGCAUAAUGCUGCUACUCUGCAACUGACGUCAAGAUCCAUGGUGUACCAGAAGACGAACGACCUACUCCACGCCUGCGCUGCUACGCUAGGGAGUAUAGUGGAGGAGCUGAGUGACUGGAGGUACCUGCAGUACAAAGCAAGAGGUGGUGGACCGCCGCCUGGGCCUCUCGACAUGAUCCAGAAAUGGUGCGAAGCGCUGGCUGAUAUACUGUGGACGUGCCGGCGACAAGUGCAGCAGCUUCAACACCAGAAAAGUCAGCUGCAGAUCAACAAAGAGCCUGACCCUGAGCUACCGGACCUGGACUUGCUCUGCCGUCGACUGCUGUACCAGCUCAUGACAAAGUCCUUCAUUGUCGAGCGCCAGCCGCAGCAAGUCAUCAAGACGAACACGAGAUUUGGAGCAUCUGUGAGAAUGCUGGCAGGCUCCAAGCUAUCGCUUCAUCUGAUCAACAUGGAAGUGGAGGCCCACAUUAUACCUACCCAGCUUGCACGGACAAUAAUAGCCGAGCCAAACUAUAGUGUGCAGCUUCCAAGCAAUCGCAGUGACCUGAAGAACACGACCAAGGUGAUGGAGUAUGAUCGCAGCACAGAGGUGUUUGGUGCUGACUUUACCAACAUGAUUCUGCCGAGGCGGCCCCCAGUUCGUAGAAGCGGCGGCCACGCUGAUCUGUCGGUUGCUGAGGAGAAAUUCUGCCUGGUGUUUAUCGCCAAGUGCGUGCUGGGAAAUGGAGACAUUGAGAUACCGCUCAUGGCCAUCUCAUGCCCGCUGGUUGUCAUUGUGCACGCCACGCAGAGUGUAGCUGCUGAAGCCACCAUGUUCUGGGAUAGUGCCUUCUCUGAUCCAGCAACGUUUGCUCAUCGUGAGGUGGUCGAAUGGCAGGAGAUGGAGAAAGCAGUCAACCUGUACUUUGCCAAGAACUGCGAGCGCGGUGUGGACAGCGGUCAAUUGCGGUGCCUGUACAGCAAAGCAUUCCCGUCGCAAGAGUACAACGAGCUGACCAACUUCCACAUCAAUAAAUUCCACAGGGAACAAAUGGAGGCCCGUCGCUUCACGUUCUGGUCAUGGAUCUACAGCGCCGCCGACAUCAUCAAGAAGCACGCACUGAGCAUGUGGUCCAAAGGACUAAUUGAAGGCUUUCUGUCUCGCGAGCAGGCUGAGGAAAAGCUACGCACUCAGCAGGGACAAGACACAUUCCUUAUUCGCUUCAGCGAGUCAACUGAAGGAGGCCUCACUGUGGCGUUCAGCGAGUUUGACAGUGCCAAAGGUGGCCGUGGUUUGGAUCACCUGCAGCCGUGGACUGCGCAUGACUUGAACACACUACAGCUGGCCAACCGAAUCCGAGACUUUGCUUUCCUGAAUGUGCUUUAUCCAAACACACCCAAGGACAGCGCUUUCUCGCAGUUCUAUACACUGUCGACCGGUUCAGGCGAAGAGGGGCAGUACGUUCCUACAUUUCUCGAGGUGAAGCGCAAGACCAAGAACAGCACCAACGGCACAGGCGGCACUCUGGAAAGCAAUCCAUCCACACCAAGCUCAGGUGAAAAUGUGCAGAGUCCGUCGACCGUGUCAAUCCAGGCCUCGUCACCGAUGACCGCACACGCGCCCAGCGUACACGGCAACGGAACAACGCAGAUGCCGAUGCCGGUGAGCAGCUUGUUCGAGGAUCACCGGGGGCUGGGCAUGCUGCAGCAGUUCCCCGACGUCUCCAUGGCCGGCAUGCACCAGGCCGACCAGCUCACCAUGUCAAUGCAGUUCGGCGGACAGUUUGGCUCGUCUCACGUGGCCGACCUGGUGGACAGGUGGACGCCGGCGGCACACAUCACACCAACGUAAGCCACCUUACGCCAUCAGUCGCCGCGUCCAUAAGCCACCUUACUCCAUCAGUCACACCAACGUAAGCCACCUUACUCCAUUACAGUCACCGCAUCCGUAAGCCACCUUACUCAAUUACAGUCACACCAACGUCAGCCACCUUACUUCAGCACAGACACCACAUCCGAUCAAAGCCAGGAGUAAUAGCUUGAUGUUGGUUCACUGAUGGCGCCACCCAACAUACAUGCCUUCUGACACUGAAUACAUGGACUAGUAAUUAAUGACCUUCACAUACGCUUGGGUUUAGCAUUGUUGUCGAAAACUGAGUAUCGAAAUCAGCUAGAACUCGUGCAAUAAUCACCAGAGUUAUUGAUAGCGCCCUGCUGCAACCGACACCUAGCUAAUAACAAGCGUGCACUCAACGGAUACAGGAUAGAAUGGACACCUUGUAAAGACUGGAUUACGCAUAUGCAUUCCAUCACACCGGCUACUUUGUCUGUGCACUUUAUACAAUCGUCUAUUGAGAACCAAUGCUAACUCGACCUUUGUUUUCUUUCUCAGCCCCGCACCCGUAGGCUAGCGUCCCCACACCCACACACGUGCACAACGUAAACAGGCCCAUACACUCAAGUAAGGAACACAUUGUACUACUUAAAACAUAAUAUCUCAUCCUGCCCCCCCCCCCCAUCCUGAUGCAGUGCCUGCAGUUUGAUGCAUUGAAUUCUGCAAUUAAUAAUUUCUGAAAUAACUAAGUCGGGCAGGUAGAUUGAGCACUCAAGCAGUCGGAGAAUUUCUUCAUCUUGAAAUGAAUCAACAUCUUAACGCCAUUGCAUCCCUUUCCUUAUUAGGUAGAUUGAGCACCUUGUCAGUCAGAGGAACAUUUCUUCGCACUGCAUAAUUUUCUUUCUCUUUUUGUUUUCUCCAAGCUUUGCCCUGUGUUUGGCGUCAGGCCAGUCUCGCUUUCGUUCAUUGAAAUGAUGCUGCAUGAACAACGUU